UCUCGGAUAAACAAGAUAAAGCAUGUUCCUGGAUUGUGUCUUAACCUUAAACUAGUAACAGAAUUGUCUUUGAGGGAACACAGAAAAAGAAUGAGCUUUCAACCCUUUGCAUUACACCCUUCAACCUUUCCCAACACAACAACAACAACCUUAAUCCCUUCACCUACACUCUUAGACCACUGCACUUCCAUAAAACACCUUCAUCAAAUCCUUCCUCUCAUCAUCAAAAACGGUUUCCACAAUCAACACUUGUUUCACACAAAACUCAUAAACCUGUUCUUCAAAUAUGGCACCAUCAAAGAAGCAUCUCAUGUAUUUGAGAGUGUUGAAUAUAAACAAGAUGCUCUUUACCAUACUAUGCUUAAAGGGUAUGCAAAAAACUCAACUUUAUGUGAUUCUAUGAAGUUUUAUAAUAGGAUGCAAAAUGAUGAAGUUAGGCCUGUAGUUUAUGAUUUUGCUUAUUUGUUGCAACUGUGUGGGAAAAAAUUGGAACUUGAAAAGGGUAGAGAGAUUCAUGGGCAGGUUAUAGUUAAUGGGUUUGAGUACAAUUUGUUUUCAAUGAUUGGUGUUAUGGGUUUUUAUGUGAAAUGUGGGGAGAUCGAUGAUGCAUAUAAAGUGUUUGAGAGAAUGUCGGAAAAGGAUUUGUUAGCUUGGACUAGUUUGGUUGCGGGAUAUGCGCAAAAUGGUUUUCCUAGGAGAGCUUUGGAUUUGUUUUUUCAGAUGCAGGAAGCUGGCGAAAAGGCUGAUUCUGUUACCUUGGUCAGUGUUUUGCCUGCUGUGGGGGAUGUUAAGGAUUUGAGAAUUGGAAAGGCUAUUCAUGGUUAUGCUCUUAGGUUAGGGUUUGAGUCUAAGGUUAGUUUUACAAAUGCGCUUUUGUAUAUGUACUUUGAAUGCGGGUGUGAAAGGAUUGCGAGAUUGGUUUUUGAGGGGAUGAGUAGCAAGUGUGUUGUUUCGUGGAAUACGAUGAUUGAUGGUUAUGCUCAAAUUGGAAAGUCGGAAGAAGCAUUUAAUACUUUUCUGAAAAUGUUGGAGGAAAGAGUUGAACCUACACGAGUUGCAGUGAUGGCGGCAUUGCAUGCUUGUGCUGAUUUAGGCGAUCUUGAGCGUGGGAGAUUUGUUCACGAUUUAGUAAUUCAGAUGAAACUUGAUUUUGAAGUGUCUGUUAUGAACUCUUUAAUAUCCAUGUAUUCGAAGUGUAAGAGAGUUGACAUCGCUGCUUCGAUCUUUGAUAAUUUGAAGAAGAAAACAAACGUCACAUGGAAUGCCAUGAUAUUGGGUUAUGCACAAAACGGGUGUGUGAACGAGGCUCAAAGUCUGUUCUGUACGAUGCAAUCGCAAGACAUUAAACUUGACUGCUUUACCUUAGUGGCUGUAAUUACUGCUCUAGCAGAUUUAUCGGUUAACCGCAAGGCCAAGUGGAUUCAUGGACUUGCCGUAAGAACUUUUAUGGACAGCGACGUCUUUGUUGCUACUGCUCUUGUUGACAUGUAUGCAAAAUGCGGAGCCAUCGAAACUGCGAGAAAGCUUUUUGACAUGAUCCAAGAGCGGCAUGUGAUAACAUGGAAUGCAAUGAUAGAUGGAUACGGGACACACGGCCUUGGGAAAGAAGCUCUUGAUCUCUUCGAUGAUAUGCAGAGCAAAGCUGUUUUGCCAAAUGAUACGACAUUUCUGUCUGUUAUCUCGGCUUGUAGUCACUCGGGUUUUGUGGAAGAGGGCCUCCAUUUCUUCCAAAGCAUGAAGGAAGAUUAUGGCUUGGAGCCUGCAAUGGAUCACUAUAGUGCUGUUGUCGAUCUCCUUGGUCGUUCUGGCAAGAUAGAUGAUGCUUGGAAUUUCAUCCAACAGAUGCCUAUUAAACCGGGGAUUACCGUUUUAGGUGCAAUGUUAGGUGCUUGCAAAAUUCAUAAAAACAUCAAAUUGGGCGAAAAAGCCGCGGACAAACUAUUUGAGUUAGAUCCAGAUGAGGGUGGCUAUCACGUCCUUCUCGCAAACAUGUAUGCAUCUGCAUCAAUGUGGGACAAAGUCGCCAAGGUGAGAGCAGCCAUGGAGAAAAAGGGACUGCGAAAAACUCCAGGCUGCAGUUUGGUUGAAUUGAGAAACGAAGUUCACACAUUCUACUCAGGAAGCACGGAUCAUCCUCAAUCGAGAAGAAUCUACGCUUUUCUCGAGACUCUUGGAGAUAAGAUCAGGGAGGCUGGCUAUGUGCUGGAUACCGAUUCUAUUCAUGACGUGGAGGAAGACGUGAAGGAACAACUGCUCAAUAGCCAUAGUGAGAGGCUUGCCAUUGCGUUCGGACUUUUGAAUACAAGCCAUAGUACACCAAUACAUGUAAGGAAGAAUCUAAGAGUCUGUGGUGAUUGCCAUGAGGUUACUAAGUACAUGUCACUUGUGACAGGAAGAGAAAUUAUAGUGCGUGAUUUACGUAGGUUCCAUCAUUUUAAGAAUGGAAUCUGUUCUUGUGGCGAUUAUUGGUGAAUCAAUCAGAAUAAAUGUGGAUUAAAGAUAGAGAACUAAAGAAAUUCUCUUGGACUGAUUUGAACAUCCAUGGUAGAUACCCGUCUCCUAUCACUGCGCAGAAACUAUACAUACUAUGAACCUAACGACCGAAUCUGUUAAAAUUUGCUCAAGGUGCUGUCUAAGAUGGAUGUGAUAAACCAGAAGGUGGCUUAUGGGGUGCGACGGAACCCAAGACCAAAGUUAGCAGAAUCGAAUCGGAACAUAACGUUAAUAUUAGCCUAGACGAUUAUGUGAUAAGGUUAGUGAUCAGGAAGCAGUGCAUAUUGCUCGUCGUUUUUUGUGUAAGCAACAAGUUAAUUACCAUAAACACUGAGACGGUUUAUUUUAUGCUAUUCCUCAUACGUGCUACUGCUCAGUGGAGCUCCUUAUUCCAAUGUUUGAAAACAUUUGGCAUGAGAACAUGAAGAAAAGCUUGGCAUCCAUUGAAAGUGAUCGAAGUUGAUGAAGUUCACGAGGCAUGUAACAUCAACACAAUCUUUUUCUCUUUCUGACUUUAGUUAUAUCUCAAUCUGUUGGUUGUACAAGGUUAGUUGUAUAUGGUUGUAAAAUUGAUUACUACUAUAUAAAGCUUAAACAAUGUAUCUAACUUUUAUUGACGAUUUGUUUUGCGAACUACUAUAUGGUUAAUAUAUUAUGAUUUUGUGCGA